GAAGCAAUUGAUAGAUAACUUACACUAACAUUCAUUCUCGAAGCCGACAAUGAUGAUGAACAUGCGGUCAAUGCUUUCGCGACCUCUGCAGCGCGUGCUGCGGACUCAGCAGCCGCGAUGGAUCUCUAACGUCCAAGUAACGCGUGACACAGGUCUCCCAGACCUAAUCAUCACUCCGGUCGCGGCUCAGAAACUAAUCGAAGCGGCUGAGCGACAGAAGACGGAGAAUUUGAUGCUCCGCGUGGCUGUGGAAGGCGGCGGCUGCUCUGGUUUCCAGUACGUGAUCGAGUUCGAGAAGGACGCGACGCCCGACGCAGAGGAGGACGUGGUCUUCGAGCAGCACGGAGGUAAAGUGGUCGUGGACAAAGAAUCUCUCGAGCUUAUCCGAGGCAGCACCUUGGAUUACGAGCAGGAGUUGAUCCGCAGCGCCUUUGCUGUUGUUAACAACCCCAACGCAGUCAGUGGCUGCGGCUGCGGCACAUCCUUCGACCUCAAGGACUAGAGACCGCCAAUAAUUGCACAAUACACAGCGGGAGUCUUGUUGUUUUUUAUUCCCAGAGCACCACCACGCCGUUCUUGUCGCAGGAGGCGACGCCCUGACCAUCAGGACGCCACACACAGCAAGCGACAGCGCCGUGAUGACCUGUAGGACCAGGCUUCAGCUGCUUCUCGAGCUUCCCAGUUCGUGCAUUCCAGAUGAAGAGAACACCGGACGCCCCGCCUGCAAGUGCGUAUCUACCGUCCGGACUGAGAGAAGCCUGACCCCAGUCAAAGCCACAUUGAUAAUCUUUAUGGUGCAGCUCUCGGAGAGUCCCGUACGUCCGAGGAUCAAUGACUUUAAGAGUAUGGUCACGUGAGUUGGUGAGUAACUCGUUGCCUCCGAAACUCACAGAAGUCGUCUGCUCUGUAUGUAGACCGCGUAGUUCCUGUACACAACGUCUAGUUCUGGUGUCCCAGAAACGAACAGCGCCGUCCUGAUGUGCGCUCGCGAACUGUACGAAGCCCGAAUCUGUUCCAGAAGGCGCUGCAAUGUCAUUGCAGCUUGAUACGCAGCUCACAGUUUGAAGACGAACACCACGCAUGACGUCCCAAACACGCAGACUGCGAUCUGACGAGCCUGUGAUCACUUCAUGCGGCAUGACAGGGGAGAAUUCGGCCGCCAACACUUUGCCUUUGUGUCCUGUGAGCGUCUGCAUCACUCGUCCAGUGCCUACUCUCCAUACGAAGCACUUGCGAUCACACCCAGUGCCCAAGACCAGCGAUCCAUCCUCCGACGCUCGCACACACAGCAAUGGAUGAGCUGUACCCACUCCUCUAUACUCUCCAAGAGCUCUCGGGGGUGACAAGGACUCUGCCUCUGCUUCCCACGCUCUCACCGUUCCAUCACUACUGCCACUAAACAAAAUCUUGCCCGACGUGUUAAAGCACACCGAGUUCACCUCAGUAGCAUGAGCUCGUAUCGAGUGAGUCACAUGAGUCACCAGUUUCGCUUCGCCAUCUCCGCCCAGUCCUUCCUCGUCAUUUAAUAAUAAAUGACUCAUACUCUCAGCUGCCUCCUGUGUAGACAUUGCCAC